AUAAUCCAAUUUUUCCACCAAUUUAAAUUACACUAAUCUCUCUAUAAUUCCACUCCUCAACCUCAAUAUUCAUCUCACCUCUUGCAUCUGGAGUCUCACUUCCCCUCUCUUUUCCUGCGUGAUCGCUGAUUGAAUUGUUUCAAUUUUGCGGUUUCGAGGCCUUUGAUCUAGGUUUUGAGGCCGAUAUUCUCACAUCUGUCGAUCACAGAUGAGUUUUCAGGAUGUCGAAGCGGGUAAGGCAGCCGCCGGGCCUCGGAGGGGGCUUGGGCGGCAGGAUUCCACGCAGGCGGUGGCGUCCGGGAUUUUUCAGAUCAACACGGCGGUGUCCACCUUCCAGCGCCUCGUUAACGCCCUCGGCACCCCCAAGGACACGCCGGAGCUCCGUGAAAAACUGCAUAAAACUCGGAUGCACAUUGGACAGCUGGUAAAAGAUACUUCAGCUAAACUUAAGCAAGCUAGUGAAACAGAUCAUCGUGCUGAUGUCAGUCAAAGUAAGAAAAUCACAGAUGCUAAACUUGCGAAAGAUUUUCAAGCCGUUCUAAAGGAGUUUCAGAAGGCUCAGCGGCUUUCAGCUGAGAGGGAGACAUCAUACACUCCUUUUGUUUCCCAAGCAGCGCUUCCUUCCAGCUAUACCGCAAGCGAGAUAGAUGGAAGUGCAGACAACACCCCAGAACAACGAGCUUUUCUUGUGGAAUCUAGAAGACAAGAGGUUGUGCUAUUGGAUAAUGAGAUUGCUUUUAAUGAGGCCAUUAUAGAGGAGCGAGAUCAGGGUAUACAAGAAAUACAGAAUCAAAUUGGUGAAGUAAAUGAGAUUUUCAAGGACCUUGCUGUACUUGUUCACGAGCAAGGGACAAUGAUUGAUGAUAUUGGCUCCAACAUUGAGGGUUCACAUGCUGCAACUGCUCAUGCAAAAUCACAGCUUAUCAAAGCAGCUAAGACCCAACGGUCGAAUUCAUCACUGACUUGCUUGUUGCUCGUGAUUUUUGGAAUCGUGCUUCUCAUAGUAAUUAUAGUACUUGCUGUCUGAUCAGAAGCUGAAAGACCAGAAAGCAUGGUACGAGAAUAUAGAGUUAUUAUUUUCAUUUAAUUGUCAUUUCAAUUCAAUUCACAUAAAUUACAGCCUUCAAAGUUUGUUAUAUUGCUUCCUGCAAUAAAAAUUACUCCGUUUUCAACAGAAAGUGAGGAAGGAUGUGAGCUUCACAUUUAAUUAGCUUCCAUCUUCUGAUUUUGAUGGUUUUAUGGUGUGCUUCACUGUCA